ACAAACAUUUUAGUAGCAUGCCAGCUCUGAUUGACCUAUAAGAGAAAAAAGUAAGUGUCGUAAGCAGCAUGGCCUCGUUCAAAAAGACGAAUGUGAAAAUAUUCGCUAAAACUGGGCCAGACUUAAGUCCCGAUAACAUAUAUUGGAAACAAUUUACGGCCCCUGUUUUGGUCAAGGAGUUUGGCCCUAUUGAUUACAUUGAUUUUUCACCGAUUGAGCCGCACUACUUUGCUGUGACGUCGUCAGCGAGAGUACAAAUUUACAAUCCUAUAACAAAGCUUGUUGAAAAGAACUUGAGUCGGUUUAAAAAAAAUGCAUACGGCGGAUCUUUUCGAAGCGAUGGGAAAUUGCUUUGCGCAGGAGGAGAGGAACACAGCGUCAGACUGUUUGAUUUUCAUUCAAAAAAUUUACUUCGUUUAUUCAGAGGACACACGGCCCCCGUCCAUAGAACAUUCUUCACAAGUGAUGGAAUUCGGAUCACUUCAUUCUCGGAUGACAAUACAGUUGCUUUAUGGGACAUACCCAGUGAGAAACAGUUGAUCACAUUCAACAAACACGAAGAUUACAUCAGAGCAGGAGCUGUCAGCCCAGUAUCUCCUGAUAUUUUCCUAUCUGGAAGCUAUGACAAACAUAUUCAAAUGUAUGAUACCAGAACAAACAAAACUGUUUUCACAGUUGACCAUGAGGCUCCUGUAGAAAGUUUGCUCUUCCUUCCGUCUGGUGGAGUAUUUGUAUCUGCCGGUGGCACUGAAAUCAGGGUGUGGGAUGCAUUAGCUGGAGGAAGAUUACAAGCAAAAGUAUCACAACAUCACAAAACAGUAAUGUGCUUGAAACUGGCUUCAAAUGGUCGAAGAAUUGUAUCAGGAUCUUUGGAUAGACAUGUUAAAAUUUAUGAUGCUGGCACAUAUAAGGUUGUCCAUACUUUGGAUUAUCCUAAUGCAGUACUCAGUGUUGGAGUCAGUGGUGAUGAUGAGACCGUGGUAGCUGGUAUGGUUGACGGCAUGUUAUCCGUCAGACGAAGAGAUACAGAGGUGAAGGAGAGCAAAUCGCAACGGAAAAAAGUAUCUUAUAGAUAUGCAGAUUCACAUUCACACGUACCCAGUACAGACGCCAUUGUUCAAGAAGAGACAAAAGAGGUCAUGUCUAAACAGGAUGCCUUUCUUAGAAAAUUUCAGUACUCUAAAGCCCUGGACAGUGCUCUCAUGGCAUUUGUUGCUAAUAAGACACCACAUGUCACAGUUGCUUUGUUCCAAGAACUCACCAGACGUCAGGGACUGAAACAAGCUCUGGCAGGACGGGAUGGAAAGUCACUAUCAUCUAUUCUUCGAUUUUUGAUACGCCAUAUCGGGAAUGUUCGGUUUGGAAAAGUUUUGCUGCACGUCACUAGUGUCUUAGUGGAUGUUUAUGAGGAGAAUUUGGAAGAAUUGAACGACGAGGCACGAAUUAUGUUCAACCAAUUAGCUAAGAAACUGGAAGAAGAAGAAGACUUGACCAAAUCUCUACUGGAAUUGCAAGGCGCCUUGCAGAUGCUGGUGACUGGUGCUGAAACUGUAUCUUCAUUAGCUGUUCAAGAUAAACAGCCUCUAGAGGCAUCAAAUGCUGCCCUAGCAGAACUCGUCAUAAGUAUAGGAUAAUUUCAGACCUUCCUCAAAUGUACAGUUUACAAUAAAAUUUCCACAUUUUUGCGA